AUGGCCUCCAACGACGAUAAUUUGAAGACGGACAGUCUGCGACUUGGAGAUAAUGAUGAGCAUUCGGCUCCUACCACCACCGCUGUGCACUCCCCAGAAUCCAAUGGGCAAUCAGCCUCCGCUCCUGCUUCAGCCCCAGAACCGGCGGCGAACCCUCUUACGUCUGGCCAUCAUGAAAGUAUCCCCCAUCAACAUAUAGUGACCGAAACGUCAAAUACACAGCCUGUCGCCGGUGGCGAAAGUGCUCCUCCACCCCAACAACCAAGUGAUGCGAAUACUCUCCCGACUUCCAAUGCGCCCGCCGUUGAGUCCGGGGCCUCGACUAUUGAGGCGCCCCCUGCGGAGCAGGCAUCGCAGGAAUCUGACGCGAAGGAGGAAGACCAGGGUCCGUCAUUGAUGAUCACAUUGCUUUUGACAUCAGGCUCGCGACAUCCGUUCAAGAUCGAUGGGAAGUAUCUCCGAAAACGAUCGGUGAAUGUGGAAAACAACGAUCCUUUUGCUAUGAGCGUAUACACGCUUAAGGAGUUGAUCUGGAGGGAAUGGCGACAAGACUGGGAACCGCGACCAUCAUCGCCGAGUUACAUUCGGCUGAUCUCGUUUGGUAAACUGCUCGAUGAUAAAGCGCCUCUGUCAGACUCCAAAUUUAACCAUGAUGCUCCCAAUGUGGUGCACAUGACAAUCAAACCUCAGGAACUUGUCGAUGAGGAGGAUGCCAAAGGCUCUAAGCCACAGUACUCGCGGGAACGUGAAGCCAGUGAACGAAGCCCGGGUUGUCGCUGCAUAAUCCAAUGA